CAAAAAUUGACAUCAACAAGCAAAGAAAGUCUAAAACGGUGCGUUGGAGCGAAGCGCUCGUCGUCCUCCAUCGACGUCGUGGGAUCUGAACUCUGAAUUCCGAACCCUUGCAGUUUCUGUUGCUCUCUCUGCUCGUAGAUUCAGCAAUUGAACUAGUUCAUCGAUUCAUCUUCUUCAAGAGAUUCAAUCACCACCGCACACAAGAUGUCGCUCACAUCGUCUGUGCGUGAAUACGUCAACCGCAUCUUGCAGGACAUCUCCGGCAUGAAGGUUCUCAUUCUCGAUUCUCAAACGGUGAGUAUAGUGAGCGUUGUAUACUCACAGUCAGAUCUUCUUCAAAAAGAAGUGUUUUUGGUAGAAUUGGUAGAUUCUAUUUCCAAGUCUAAGGAAUCAAUGUCGCAUCUCAAGGCCAUUUACUUCCUUCGACCUACAUCAGAGAAUAUCCAGCAAUUGCGCCGCCAGCUUGCUAAUCCCAGAUUUGGAGAGUAUCACUUAUUUUUCUCCAACAUAAUGAAGGACACUCAGAUUCACAUACUUGCUGAUUCAGAUGAACAGGAAGUUGUCCAGCAAGUUCAGGAGUUUUAUGCAGACUUUGUUGCAAUUGAUCCCUAUCAUUUCACUUUGCACGUCCCUUCAAAUUAUAUUUAUAUCCUCCCAGCAAUGGUAGAUCCUUCAACAUCACAGCGCUUCUGUGAUCGGGUUGUUGACGGUCUUGCAGCUGUUUUUUUGGGCUUGAAACGGAGACCUGUAAUUAGAUAUCAAAGAACAUCAGACAUUGCAAAAAGGAUAGCACAGGAAGCAUCUAAACUGAUGUACCAAGAGGAAAGUGGUCUUUUUGAUUUUAGGCGAAUGGAAAUUUCUCCGUUGCUGUUGGUAAUUGACAGGAGGGAUGAUCCUGUAACCCCAUUGCUAAAUCAAUGGACUUAUCAGGCUAUGGUUCAUGAGUUGAUAGGAAUUGAAGACAAUAAAGUGGACUUGAAAUCCAUUGGAAAAUUGCCAAAGGAUCAGGAGGAGGUUGUACUGUCAUCCGAACAAGAUUCCUUUUUCAAAGCUAACAUGUACGAGAACUUUGGAGAUAUAGGUAUGAAUAUCAAGCGGCUGGUUGAUGAGUUUCAGCUAGUGGCAAAGAGUAACCAAAACAUCCAAACAGUAGAGGACAUGGCCAAAUUUGUUGACAACUACCCUGAAUACAGAAAAAUGCAUGGAAAUGUUACAAAACAUGUGACUUUGGUUACAGAAAUGAGCAAGAUAGUCGAGGAGCGAAAACUUAUGCAAGUUUCACAAACAGAACAGGAGUUGGCUUGCAAUGGAGGACAAGGGGCUGCUUUUGAGGCAGUGACAAAUCUACUAAAUAAUGAAAGCAUAUCAGAUGUGGACCGACUACGAUUGGUCAUGCUGUAUGCUUUGCGUUAUGAGAAGGAUAGCCCUGUUCAAUUAAUGCAGCUCUUCAACAAACUGGCUUCCAGAUCUGCCAAGUACAAACCUGGGCUUGUCCAGUUUCUUCUGAAGCAAGCAGGUGUUGACAAGAGAACUGGUGAUCUUUAUGGUAAUCGAGAUCUAAUGAAUAUUGCCCGUAACAUGGCUCGUGGAUUGAAGGGUGUUGAGAAUGUUUACACCCAGCACCAGCCACUUCUGUUCCAAGUCAUGGAAAGCAUUGUCAAAGGGCGGUUGAGAGAUGUGGACUACCCAUUUGUUGGAAAUCACUUUCAACAAGGAAGGCCGCAAGAAGUAGUCAUUUUCAUUGUCGGUGGGACAACUUAUGAGGAGUCACGGUCUGUUGCUCUACAAAAUGCAAGCAAUACUGGCAUCCGGUUUAUCCUUGGUGGCUCUUCUGUUCUUAAUUCUAAAAGGUUUUUAAGGGACUUAGAAGAAGCUCAAAGGGUAGCUCGUUCUAGCACCUCUGUUAUUUGAAGUUUAUCCUGGACAUUUUUGCUUAUUGAGGGCCCAUAUAGAUAUAGUUUUUACAGCUUCAGGCGGGGGAUUUUUGUUUUGCACCUACGUAUAUGUAUAGAAGUAGUAAACUAAAAAGAGCUUGAUGUGGGAUAUCAGACUCAAUCACUGUUGCUCCGAAAGACGAUCACCAACCAUUGAUCAGGUUAGGUAUUGGCUUCUUGCAGAUGCAUGCCAUCGAGAUCCAAAAAAUGAGAACUUCAAGAGCAAACAAGCCCCUCUCUUUUGUUCAUGGGGGGAAAAGGUAGACACCGAACAUACAGGUAGAAUGAAAGAAACAUUGAUUUGUGUGUAACUUUUCGUCUUCAUUUCAGCUGAUCAAAUUUAAUGAUUUUACUGACAGUUACUGAUGGAAGAACAAUUUUGUAUAAUGAUGUAAUGAGUGCCCCAUUCUUUUGUAUACUAACAGUAACAGACACAUUCCAUUGUAGAUUCACUGCUUCAUAAUUUUAA